AUAGUGAUGAUCAUCCCUAUAUAAACUGCGACCUGCGCUCCUGUCAUGCACGCCAGAAGAAAUCAGUGGGCUGAUCGCCCGGCGGGGACCGAACCACAUCCCUUGAUGAUACUUGUAAAACGACGUUUCAUCAAUAUUGUAAGCUCUCGUCAACAGCACGCUUCGACCAAACUCCAGCCCGAAUCCAUCACAUUUUCUCAGAGUCUAAACCACCGAAAGAUUCCUUUUUUAUUUACAGAGCACCGGUAAUUUUUGUGAGCAAUGCCUCUGAGGUCCGGACUUUUUCUGCUUGUAGUGCUGAUUGCAUCUGCAUAUGAACUGGAUCAGAAUGAAUCCUAUUCGCCCAGGAGAACGCGUUUCUCCUCCAACAGCCCUUCAGACGUAGCUCGCUGUCUGAACAGCGCCCUUCAGGUGGGCUGUGGCGCCUUCGCCUGUCUGGAGAACUCCACGUGUGACACAGAUGGCAUGCAUGACAUCUGCAAGUCCUUCCUCUACAGCGCGGCCAAAUUUGACACUCAGGGCAAGGCCUUUGUGAAAGAGAGCCUAAAGUGUAUCGCAAAUGGAAUUACGUCGAAGGUCUUCCUGACAGUGCGGCGGUGCUCAACGUUUCAGCGCAUGAUCUCGGAGGUGCAGGAGGAGUGCUACAGUAAGCUGGAUAUCUGCACUGUGGCGCGCUCCAACCCUGACGCCAUCGCUGAGGUGGCCCAGCUCCCCAGCCACUUCCCCAACAGGUUCUAUGGAAAACUUCUGCAAAGCCUGAUGGAGUGCGAUGAGGAGACGGUGGACCUGUUGCGGGCCAGCCUGGUGACCCGCUUGGGCCCGGAGAUCACCAUGCUCUUCCAGCUGCUCCAGAGGAAACCGUGCCCGUCCGUCUCGUCAGACCCAGCUGUGCCUACGGGCAUGGAGGCUCGGGGCGGCUGGAGGUGGGCAGUGGGCCCCCCCAUUUACAAGAGCCAGCCCAGCCUGCGCAACAGGGACUCUGCUAGCCUGUUUGGGAAGAAACACAGCAACGGUGACAGUUCUUAAUCUCUCUCUCUGCUACAUGACAAAAAUAAAUAAAUCAACCAUCAAAAUUUAACACAAAACACACAGC